GCUUGGGUCCCGCGCCGCCCUUAUUUGGGAACGGGUCUGGGUCUCCAACGUGCCUGUCAGGCCUGUGGCCGCCAAACCGGCAGCCCGAGCGCGGCUAAGGAAAGGCUUCAUCGCUCCGUAUCGGCCUCCGCCCCCAUUUUCAGUGGCCGGCCGCUGGGCUUUGGUUUGUGGCGUCCAGGCCGCUAGGGCUCCGGUUUUAGCUCUUGGGAACCAGUAGCACUGAACGUGCGCACCACUCUCCUUUGGGGAGCGGAAGAUGCGCUUAGGGGUCUUGGUCCUCCCUUUACCGCCUCAUCUUCCGCUGAGGGUCUUGCGCGUAGGAGGUGGUCGUGUGAAGAGUGCGCCGGAGGUAGGGGUAGGUGCCCAAGUGCUAGCUAGCUUCUAUGGUUCCUCAAAACGCCUACUUCGUAAUUCCCAGUCAACGGAACCAGUGUAAGAUUCCCGGCCUUGGGCGGCGUGGUCGCAGACCCACUCCUGGGCUGUUGAAGUCCACCUUCGCUUGGAUCGCCCUGCGGGCCCCGCCUCUCAGUCCAGGCGCUGGCCGCUUUGCUGAAGUUCCUCAUUUUGCCACAGACUGGUGGACCUGGCUUAUUCUUGCACACUCAUUCAGGAUUUUGUGAGGAUCUUGACUCCCUAGACCCAAAGAGCUUCACAUGUCAUUUCCCUGCCUCAUUUUAGCAUCUGAGAGGAGAAUAGCAAAAUAGGAAUGAAAUUCUUCUGCGGUGGAGACUGGCUCAAUGCCAUGCAUUUAAUAUAGGCCUAACAAAUGCUUGUUCAGUUGAACUGGACUGAUAGAUUCUCAAUGGAGCAAGGACAGGUGUUAUGCCUACUCUGGGUUCCCAGUGGGCUUCUAGGAUCAAUUGCUUAUGGACUCGAGGUAAACUGAGCUGGGAAUAAAAAAACCUUUUACUCAUUCAUUUGCUUUAUCAGCAGAUAUUUACUGAGCACCCACCACAUGCCAGCACGUGGUUUCAGGCUUUAGUUCAAAUCUUAAUUCUGCCAUUUCUUGAGGAUUUGGCUUCUACACUCCUCAUAACUCUUCUGUUAUUUCGUCAUCUAUAAAAGGAGACUUGUUCUAACUUAAGGGGUUAUGGUGAAUAUUAAAAUGAUGAGAUAAUGUGACUGAGUGUUAUGUAUAAUACAGCUUGAUGUUAUUUGGGCCACUGAGAAACGGGGUCUGAACAGACCUCCAGGUCCUGCCCCAUCCUGACCUGCAAAGUCUAUACCAAGGACAGACUUUGGGAAACAGAUAGGAGUGAGUGCAUGACUUUCCUUUUUCCUUCAGUCAUAGAUUUGCAUCCCUAAGAAGGCUUUUAUGAGGCUGAAGAGUACAUUUUAGAGAGUUCCAAUAUAAUAACAGAACUAGUGUUCACCAAGUUGGAUCAAUUCUACAUUUAGCUCUUUUAUCAGCCUCUUUGUUUCCAUCUCUGUUGUCACUACCUUCUCUUCCCCCAUGACUGAAAGAGUCUCCUCAGAGGUCUCCUGCCCCUUGUUCCCUCCAACAUGUCAUACAAGUCUUGAUGACAUCCCACUGUUCAGAUUAAAAUCCAUUUAGGGCCUUACUAUAACCCAAGAUAAAAUUUAAAUGCUUAAGUUGGGCCCCUACCUAUUGUGCCAGUCCCUCUGUUGUCAUCUCUUUCACAUACCCUAAGCUACUGAAUGCUUUCUGGGUGAGUCAAACUCUGAUACCCUACAGGUCUUUGCAUUUUUUCCACCUGCCUGGAAUGCUAGUUUCCCUGAUCUCUGGUUAGGUGGACAAUCAGGACUCAUUCUUAAAAUCCCGAAGUAUUAUUCCCAAGAGCCUUCUAUGCCUCACCUAGACAGGCCUCUUUCCUCUUAACUUUCAUGCCAUUUUGAAUAUACUCAGACAUACUGGUGUGAUAGCAGGACGUAUUUGUAUAUCUGGUUCCUUACUAGAUUGUGAGCUCCCUGAGGGCAAGGUUGUGUCUCUUAAUGGUGUUACCAUCUGGCAUAGCACGUGAUAUGUUGAGAAUCAGACUGAUUAGGAUAGAACUCCUAAACUUACUAGCUGUGUGACCUUGGGCAUGUUACGUAUAACCUUUCUGCCUCAUGAUUUCAUAUCUGUAAAAUAUUGCUAAUGAGUAUAGUGCUUACAAGAAUUAUUGUAAAGACUAAAUAGCAAAACUCUUGUGAGCUCCUGGUAUAUAGCGGGCACUCAGGAUAGACAUGACUAUAGAGUGCCCUCCAUAAAUAUUUGUUGAAUCAACUCAGCAGAACUAAGGAAGGGUACUAUUAAGCUGUAUGGCUACUAGGUACCAAGCACUGUGCUAGAGAGGAGUGCAGUUUUCGUGGUUUAAAUGGGAGUCUUAAUCGUUGCCUUUUAGGGAUAUGGGUCCUGAGCUCCCAAAUCGUUGGAUGUGUGGUUCACCUGGGUGUUUGUUAAGAAUGCAGUGCGACGUUGCCCUCCGUCGUUCGCUGAUCGUAGCCCGAGGUCAAGCUUGGGCGCCCUCACAAAACCAGUACCACUCUGGUGUCUUCGACUUUGCUGGCUUCACCCUUCCCAAACCUGUUCUUUGCCGCUCGCGGCCCCACUGCACAUGCUCAACAGGUCGAUGUGGCCCCGCCUACCUCGCGCCCACUGGGGGCGGAGCCUUCGGCGCCUCGCUGACGUCACUUCCAGCGGACACGGAAGCGCCGUUGUCGGCAGGCAGAGGUAGGUAGGAAGUCGUGAUGGGUUAGCGUAAGCCUCUGGCCGACGUGUGCCGAGGGGGCCGGCCCGGGCUGCUGUGGCCCAGACGAGCGGAGAGUGCGGAGCGGCUUGUCGGCCAGCGCUGACGAUCCCUGGCAGUGCGCGCGCCUCUGGUGCCAGUGUCGCUCCGCCUCCGGGAUAGAAUCCGCCCCAGCCCUCUGGGCCUGGGACCCGGCGGCCGCUUUCUCCAGUCCGUCCCGCCGAUCCGCAUUAGGUCCGGGAUAACUGGGUGGAGUAGGUGUGCGGCCCGCCGCGGGAGAGCCCGCUAGCUGUUUCUUUGAGCCCCCCUCUGCGUCUUCGCGGCCCUCUCCCGUUCUGCCGGAAAGCUGACGUGGGGCAAUCCGUUCAGAACCUCCAUGGAGAAGUUUGGGAUGAAUUUCGGAGGCGGCCCGAGCAAGAAAGACUUGCUGGAGACUAUAGAGACGCAGAAGCAGCAGCUUCUCCAGUAUCAGGCACGGCUCAAGGAUGUGGUCCGUGCCUAUAAAAGCCUACUGAAGGAGAAAGAGGCGCUAGAGGCCAGCAUCAAGGUGCUGUCGGUAUCCCACGAGGCAGAUGUGGGCCUCGUAGGUGUCCAGCUUCCAGGCCUCACAUUUCCUGACUCUGUGGAUGACCGGUGCUCCACUCACAGCGAGGAUAGCACUGGGACCGCCACUAGCUUGGAUACUGCGGCCAGUCUCACCAGCACCAAGGGUGAGUUUGGGGUAGAAGAUGACAGACCGGCCCGGGGACCACCACCUCCAAAGUCCGAAGAGGCCAGUGGGUCCGAAAGUGGCGUUAGCAGUAGCAGUGGGGAUGGGCCAUUUGCAGUUGGGGAGGUGGACAAAAGACUGCACCAACUGAAGACUCAGUUGGCUACUUUGACUAGUUCUUUGGCCACAGUCACUCAGGAGAAGUCCCGCAUGGAGGCUUUUUACCUGGCUGACAAGAAGAAGAUGAAACAGGACUUAGAGGAUGCCAGUAACAAGGCGGAGGAGGAGAGGGCCCGCCUGGAGGGAGAAUUGAAGGGGCUGCAGGAGCAAAUAGCAGAAACCAAAGCCCGGCUUAUCACACAGCAGCAUGAUCGGGCCCAAGAGCAGAGUGACCAUGCCUUGAUGCUGCGUGAGCUCCAGAAGCUGCUGCAGGAGGAGAGGACCCAGCGCCAGGACUUGGAGCUUAGGUUAGAAGAGACCCGAGAAGCCCUGGCAGGACGAGCAUAUGCAGCCGAACAGAUGGAAGGAUUUGAACUGCAGACCAAGCAGCUGACCCGUGAGGUGGAGGAGCUGAAAAGUGAACUGCAGGUCAUUCGAGAUGAGAAGAAUCAGCCAGACCCCCGGCUGCAAGAACUUCAGGAAGAGGCUGCCCGCCUUAAGAGCCAUUUCCAGGCUCAGUUACAGCAGGAAAUGAGAAAGACAGCUCUUGCAGAGGAUCAACUCCGUCAGCAAUCUCAGGUGGAAGAACAGAGGGUGGCAGCCCUGGAAAAUCAAAUAUCCGAGGUGUCUGAGCUGCUAGGCACCUACGAGAAAGCCAAGCAGAAGGACCAGCUGGCCAUUCAGAAGCUGAAGGAGCGCAUUCUGCAGCUGGACCUGGAGAACAAGACACUGGCUCUAGCAGCCUCCAGCAGGUCCCCUUUAGACAGCCACGGAGAGGAGUCCAGUCUGGAUGUCAAUGUCCUGAAGGAUAAGAUGGAGAGGCUGAAGAGGUUGCUGCAGGUUGCAGCCAGGAAAAGCCAGGUGACCCUGGAUGUGGAGAAGCUCUGUGACCUGGAGAUAAUGCCUAGCUCGGAGGCUGCUGAUGGGGAGAAGGCUACUGCACUCUAUUACCAACAGGAGCUGAAACAGCUGAAGGAAGAGUUUGAGAGGUACAAGAUGAGGGCCCAGGUUGUCCUCAAAAGCAAGAAUACCAAAGAUGGUAACCUGGGAAGGGAACUAGAGGCAGCCCAGGAACAGCUUGCAGAGCUGAAGGAGAAGUAUAUCUCCCUGCGGCUCUCCUGCGAGGAGCUGGAGCAACAACACCAGCAGGAGGCUGAAGACUGGAAGCAGGAGCUGGCCCGGCUGCAGCAGCUCCACCGGCAGGAGCUGGAGCGGUGCCAGCUGGACUUCAGGGACCGCACACUGAAACUGGAGGAGGAGCUGCACAAGCAGCGGGACCGUGCCCUGGCUGUUCUCACUGAGAAGGACUUGGAACUGGAGCAACUGCGUUCUGUGGCCUUGGCCUCUGGGCUGCCAGGACGCAGAAGUCCUGUGGGUGGUGGUGGUCCUGGGGACCCAGCUGACACAUCAUCCUCUGAUAGCCUGACCCAAGCAUUACAACUUGCAGCGGCCAAUGAACCCACUUUCUUUCUGUAUGCUGAGCAGCUGGCCCGCAAGGAGGUGGAGAUCACAUCACUGCGGAAGCAGAAGCACAGGCUGGAGGUCGAGGUGCAUCAGCUGCAGGAUCGGCUGCUGGAGGAGGGCGAACGGCAUCGCGAGGAGGUUGCAACCCUACAAAGCCACAUCGAAAAGAACAUCAGGGAUCAGAGCAGAGAGGGGGCCAAUCUGGAGUACCUCAAGAACAUCAUCUACCGCUUCCUCACCUUACCUGACUCCCUGGGCCGCCAGCAGACUCUCACAGCCAUACUGACUAUCUUGCACUUCAGUCCGGAGGAGAAACAAGUGAUAAUGCGACUCCCAGCCAGUGCCAGCUGGUGGCCUUCUGGCAAGAGAUGAUGCUGUUUUCACGAACUCCUGGAAUUUCUGUGCCUCUUUGAUGUGGGAAAGGGCAGGUUCUGGUUUCUGCUGCCCCUUCUCUUACAUUAUCAUUUAUUUCUUCACUGUGUUGAGCUGGGAGGAGUCUUUAAUGUGGGAUGGGAUUUUCUGCCAAAUGCCAUUAAUGCUGCUUUAUCCUUAGGCCCUAGAGAUAACUGAAAGUGCUGGGGCAGUGUCUUCUGAUGGUGUGCAUGUGAGGAGAAGAUGAGGUUAGGACUGAGAAGUGCAAAAGUUGGAACAGUGGUAAGGCUGUUUUAAAAUAAGAUGUUUUGUUUUAAUAAUAUGCUCCUGGCACAAAGCUAGGAGUAAAUGUGACUCCAAAGGGAGUUCAGUUAAUCUCUGAAAUGCACAAAACCCAGCUGUUUUCUCCCUCUCAUCACAAUCUGAGUCUGGUCCAUUGCUGCCCCAAUUCUCUGGGGACAUAAAGCCAGGCUGGAAAGGGACCAGAAAGUUUGAAGUAGUGCCACAUCAUCCACUAGUCCCAAGGGCUAAGGAAUAGUGAGUUUAUUCUGGAAGGAACUGGGAAGCUUAGUCUAGUUAGUGCCUGGGAAUGACCUACGCAAUCACACUGCUUAUGACCAUCCUAGAGAUGGCCCUGAGUACCAGCUUGAUCUUAGGGUGUUCCUGAGUAACCUGCUUUUGGCCUGGAUAGGGUUAAAAUAGACCUCUCUUGCCUAUCCCUGCCUUAACCUGUCUGCGUGAGGUUGGCCUGAGAUUGUGAGUCAACGACUUUGCUAUCUUUUCCUCAGUGUUGAACUUUCAUUAAGAAAUAAAGUCCUAGCUUUUUACAGAGAGGGGUCCAAAUGGUGAACAUUCAUCCUGCCUGGAUAAAAGAAACUAGCGCAGAGAUUGUCCCCUAGCUUUUCUGCUUUUGUAGGGACAGCAAAAGGGGAAAACUUGCUGCAGAAAAUUCCAAAAGAUUGCUAUAGCUGUCACAGGGAAGUGGUAAAGAUCAGCUAAAGUUGGGUUGGAGUGCUUUCUGCCCAGUGGGUCUUGGCAUAAGUAGAUUAAUCCUGCUCUUAUAAGGAAAGACAGCUUAGUCAGGCAGUCUGGAAAGGGGGUUCUCAGAAAACUCAGUUUCUCUGUUCCUUCUUUUCUCUCAUCUACUGUUACUGGUUAUAGAGGUCUUUGGACUCUAAAGACCAAUGUUUGGCCACUAACUAGACUAAUAUGUGUCUCUCUGUGAUUUCAUCAUAGAGGUCUGUUUUGUGAGGGUUUGGGGUGCAGAAAACUUUGAUUAAAUCUUCUUAAUGGGAGGCUGGGUGACCUGGAUUAUCUACAGUGAGUAGACUUAAAUGAAACAGAAGUUUAUGUGUCCAAAUGAUGGAAUCAUUAAACCUGAGUGACUUGACCUGUGUGGUUCCUUAAUGGUAUCUAUAUAUCUAGACAAAAAUAGACUGUGAAUGUAAAUGGUGAAUGAAAAGGAUGGAAAUGAUGUUUUCAUGUGUUAAUCCAUGAGCUUGAAUCCAGGGAGGAAUACCUCAGUGCUUUAACCGUCUUAGUUAUAACACGUAUUUCUUAGCCUGGAAUUGUGUGUGUAUGUGUUUGUGUGUGGCCACCUAUGCUGGAAAAUGCUUUCUUACGGGUUUAGUGGGCAGGCUUAAAACUUCCAUAAUUACACUUCAAACUCUAUAAAUAAUCUGUUUAUGAAUGCUUUAUUAUCCUUAAAAUCCGGAUUCAUAGUAUCCUGAAAAAGUGUCUCAGGACAUCAAGCUAAACUAAAAAAUAGUAAUAAACUUGCUUAAUUU